CAAGUAUAAAGGGAAUAACAUGGUGCAGCUGAGUGCAUGUUUACGUUAGAACAACAGAAAUAUAUUAAAAAGCCUUCGAGUUUACUUGUACGGCGCCUUUUAAUAGACUAGUUUUUAAAAUUCACCCUGCCAUUUGGUAUGUGAUUGCCUAACUCCUCAUGUGCCACUUGUCCCAAUGGAAAGGGGCUUUCAGUUCGGAAACGUGUGCAUAUCUCUGGUGCUGCUGCUUGUUCUGAGAACGUUAACGGGCACUUUGCAGAGUCAGUCUCUCUCGGAGAAUCUCGAAGCGGUGCCGAAGCCAAAAACUGAGGCGGCAGAAGAUGCUACCGUCAUGGAGCGGGCACACAACGUUGGAGGAGCCCCCGGCAUUGGAGAAGUGACCGUGGAGGACGACGAUUACGACUCGACCGGAGAAAGCGAAGAACCGUCUGGAGACAGCGAAGCAAACUUUCAUCAGCGCAGAAGGGCUUUGGUGAUCAUCAGUACUUUAGAUGGGAGAAUCGCAGCUCUGGAUCCUCUAAACCAGGGACGCAAGCAGUGGGACCUGGAUGUUGGAUCAGGCUGUCUAGUGUCCUCUAGCCUCAGCAAACCAGAGAUUUUUGGGAAUAAGAUGUUUAUUCCGUCUCUGGAUGGAGCUCUGUUCCAGUGGAACAGAGACCGGGAGAGUAUGGAGGCUGUCCCCUUCAGUGUUGAGUCCCUGUUGGACUCCUCGUACCGCAUCGGAGAGGAUACUGUGCUGGUAGGGGGCAAGUCCCUCACCUCGUACGGCCUGGGCGCAUACAGCGGCAAGCUGAAGUAUAUCUGUUCGGCAGUGGGCUGCAGUCGGUGGGGGGAUGAGGAAGGAGAGCCAGAGGACAUACUGUUACUCCAGAGAACACAGAAAACAGUCAGAGCAGUGAGACCUCGCAACGGCUUUGAGAAAUGGAACUUCAGUGUGGGAAACUUUGAGCUGAAAUUUGUCCCUGGGAUCCAGUCCAACCUCAACUUCCUGGAGGGGGAGGCGUCUAAUGGGGAGACCUGGCGUGAGGUCCGACGUGAAGCACAGCGUGUAAUCCAGGGGGAGACUGAUGCACAAACCAAAAAUCAUGCUAAUACACAUCCAAACCCACAUACUCGGGUAGAGGGCUUAGACCUGGUCAUCAAAGUUUCUGUGCCGGACUGGAAAGUUAUGGCCUUCAGCACCAAAACAGAAGGACGACUAAUCUGGGAGCAUCAGUUUUGCAUACCCAUUGCCUCUGCAUGGUUGGUGGGAGGGGGCAAGGUGACACCUAUCAGCCUGUUUGAUGACACCUCCUACACACCCCACUCUGAGACCGAGACUCAAGAGGAUGAUGACAUCAUAGACGGGGCCCGAGAGGCCACAGAGUCUAGCGUUUAUUUGGGUAUGUUUCAGGGUCAGUUAUACCUUCAGUCCUCAGUGACAAUCUCAGAGAAGUUUCCAUCGAAGCCCAAAGCUCUAAAUGGUCAGGGCACCAGUGCAAACUUGAUACCACCUCCUACCGUCAAAUGGAAACCCCUCAUUCACUCCCCCUCCCGUACUCCAGUCCUGGUGGGCUCUGAGGAGUUUGAUAAAUGUCUAAACAAUGAUAAAUUCUCUCAUGAGGAGUACAGCAAUGGAGCUCUGUCAAUAUUGCAGUAUCCGUAUGAUAAUGGAUACUACUUUCCAUAUAGUCCUCGUUACCGCAGUCGCCGUGAUGAGACAGCGGUGAGUGUUUUGCUGAAGAAGGAUGGAGUGGGGUCACAGCUGAGAAGAAAAGAUCCUGUGCUGCUGCUGCCAUGGUGGAAAGAGAUUCUGGGUACCAUCAUCUUCUGCAUUGCUGCCACCACCUACAUCGUCCGCAAGUUCUUCCACCCACCCACAACAUACGUGCGGCAAAGGAAGGAGUCUGAGACACAGUGUCAAACGGACAGCAAGUUUGAACUGGACUUUACAGAGCCCAAGGAAGUUGUUAUCACAGAGGCUCGCCCUAAUGAAUAUGUGUCAAGAUACCUGACAGACUUUGAGCCUGUGCAGUGUUUGGGACGUGGUGGAUUUGGUGUUGUGUUUGAGGCACGCAACAAAGUGGACGAUUGCAACUACGCCAUCAAGAGGAUCCGUCUACCCAACAGGGAGUUGGCCCGUGAGAAGGUCAUGCGAGAGGUGAAGGCUCUAGCUAAACUGGAACACCCAGGCAUCAUCCGUUACUUUAACGCAUGGCAGGAGAGUCCGCCACAGGGCUGGCAGGAGGACAUGGAUAAACGCUGGCUCAAAGACGCCAGUACUGCUGACUGGCUGCUGAGCUCUCCUGACCACAUGGAAGCAUUCUCAGUCAAGGUUCCUGUGGCCUCUCCCUCUCCGGUGGACUCCUCGUGCAUGUGCGCUGGUGGUGGGGAUACAAGUGUGUGCGCUGGUGAUCAGGUGUGUGUGGAGGGUCUGGGGCCUGACAGUAUGAUGUCAGAGAGAGACAGUCAGGCUGACCUAGAUGCUGUCCUGGAAGUCUCUGAUUCUCCCCACUCUUUUGUCCUCUGCCCUCCCCGCACGGUUGCUCCUGGUGACUGCACUUCCUCCUCCUUUGAUAUUGUCUUUGAGGACUCAGGCUGUGAACACCAGGACAAUGAAAGUGAUCUCAGCGGAAGCACACCUGUGCCACCUGUGUGCCCUUCGCGGUCUGGAUCCAAACCCCAGUGUAGUACAUCAACAAGGCCACCCUCUUCCACACCUCCACGGCCCACCUCUCUGAGUCUGGUCUCCAGCACCCCUUGCCCUCCUGUGCGGCCCCUGCUCACACCUAAAGUCUACCUAUACAUUCAGAUGCAGCUGUGCAGGAAGGAGAACCUGAAGGACUGGAUGGCCCAGAGAUGUUUGCCUGAGCUCAGGGAGAAUGCAGAGUGUCUGGACAUCUUCCUGCAGAUUGCAGAGGCUGUGGUUUUCUUACAUAGCAAAGGACUUAUGCACAGAGAUCUUAAGCCUUCUAAUAUUUUCUUCACAAUGGAUGACGUGGUAAAAGUCGGAGACUUUGGACUGGUAACUGCCAUGGAUCAGGAGGAAGAUGAUGAGGAACUGAGUGCCCUCACCCCAAUGCCAGUCUAUGCCCGUCACACCGGCCAAGUGGGCACCAAACUCUACAUGAGCCCUGAGCAGCUGUCUGGGAAUUCUUAUUCCCAUAAGGUUGACAUUUAUUCCCUCGGAUUGAUUCUUUUUGAGCUGCUCUAUCCGUUCCGCACACAGAUGGAAAGAGUCAGGACACUCACAGAGGUCAGAGCCCUGCAGUUUCCUGCUGCUUUCUAUAAGGCCAAUGUCCAGGAAGUAAGCUCAAAUGGUACGUUGCAUGCUGUCUCGAGUGUCUGCAGAGCGGCCAGAGGCAUCAGAAAUCACAGAGGCCCCCCUGUUCCAGGAGCUGGAGGUGCCCUGCAGAAUCAGACAACGCACUCGGACAUACAGCGCAUCAUCUGCAGGACGACCAUCACGACAGAUAUCCACAUCAAACUAGAAUUCCCACUCAAAGACAUGCAUAUACUGUGCCUCAUCUACUGGACGACAAAUGCAACCAGUCACCCCCUCUUGGCACACACAAAAUUCCGACCUUCCAGAAACUUCCAUUUUAAGCAACAGAUCAUUCCACAGACCUCUAAAACUGGAAUUACACACCGCAAGCAUGCACACUUCAUCCAUUCUUAACUGACCAAUUAAGGCCUUUUUGCCAUGGUUGCUCAACUUCCACCUUUAGAGUCUUGAGUUAAGGCCCCUUUUGCUCUAAUUUUAACUCAUUGUUGACCAAUCACAUGAUUCCCAGCUCGAUUUCCAGAUGUACCGUUGUUACACACCCACACACAGUUGUAGGAGGAGAGUUGUUGUUUAUGCAGUACUAAUGAAUGAUGAUGAAUGACCUGCCUUUGGAUGCCGUUCACUCUGCAUGUCUUAAACAGGAAGUUGAUACAUGCUUUCCUGUCCGAACAGAAAUUGUACUUGGUAUUUAAGCUCCUGGUCAUUUAAAUGACAGGAGAGAAAUAACAAGUAAGCAAGAGAGGCUUUGUGUGCUUUAAAGGUGCUCGUUCGAGUCUGAACGCACAAGUUAUAUAGCAUUAUAGCCACUCGCUGUUACGGAUAAACAGUGUUAGUGGCUUAGGUGUUCAUUACUUGAUAAAACUGAAACUGCAUAUUGCUGAGUGCAAUUGGGGAUUUUUAAACUGCCUUUUAAAGCUGGACUUUACCAAGAUGUUUGAGGCUGUUGUGCUGUCAGAAUAAGUGGCUUAGAAUUGAAUCAAGAGUGGUUUGAAAUGCAGACUGUAAAAACCAUUCUGUAAAAUACUUCAUCUCAUUAGCACCUAAAAAUAUAGUUUUCUGUAUCUCUAAUCAUUUUGGGCCAGACAUAAUGAUUUUUCGGGAUAAGUCUGAAUAAGAAGUGUUUUGACUAAUCACAUACACAAUAUGAGAUACAGCCAGAGGAAUCACUUCAACCAAAUAUUGAGCACACACCCUUAAUUGUAACAUAUCAGGUAAUAACUGAUUGUAUCAUUGUUCUUAUCAGUUUUGAAUUGAUAAGGGAUUGGGGAAAUUGAAUUUUCCCUUAGAACCAAUGUAAUUUUCUUUUGUAUAUGGAAUUUUCUGUAUAGUAUCUGCUUUUUACACAACUUUUUUCAACAUCGAUGGACCUGUUUAUCCUAAGAAUUGUUCUCAAAUGUGUUGAGUUUGAGAGAGAAUGGAGACAGAUAUCUGUGGUGAUGGAUUGGACCUCUGUGGUCUCUUCUGUUUAAAAGAUACACUGGGUGCCUCUGCGUGCGAAUACUGGCAUGUUUCCUGAAAGGGCCAUUAUGCUGCAGAUUGGACAUGAGAUUACGACCUCUGACCCUUAAUCACAAUCACAUGAUGCUUUGUCCUGUAAUCUACGUCAGGGACCACUUUAUGAAUCUUUCACCUUUUAACCUGUUGCUGUGAACACAAUCCAGUAAAGGCAAUUAAGAGUGCUAAUCCCGUUUGUUCAGAUCACUGUGGCUACUGGGCAAGCCCUUCCCUGUCUAAUGAUCACAAAUUACGUCUCUCUGUUUGGAUUAAUUUUAUUGAUGGCUGUUUUGAUCAUAGCCAGCCCUAUUCAUUAUUGUUAAUGUAGUGUUUGGUUUUGACACAAUUCAGUUUCAGUCAUGUUCAUCAGCUGUUUUCUGUUUUGUUUUUCUUGUGUCUGUUGAAAUCCCAGUUUCACUUUCCUUUAGCCCAGCUAUCUGUCCAGUCGUGUAUGUAAAUAUUUUAUUUGUUUUUAUUUAUGUUGACUGUAAAAAUCAAUCCGUUGGAUUGGUUGAGCUAUAAAUAAGGUAUAUGAAUGCACUUCAUCCAGAGGAGUGCGUUGAAAUAUUGCGACUUCUUACAAGUCAGAUUUAAUAAACGUUCUAUGAUGUUUGUAAGGGUGCUUUUGUGU